GUGUCGGGUAGUAGAGGCUUAACAUGAGAGCUAAGUAGUAUGUGGCUAAUUAAAAAUGAAAGGCUGGAGAUUUACAUGUCCUUGUGAGACUCGGAGGCUUUGAAGUACCAAGAGGCACUCAACAACCGUCUUUAGACAGAGGAGGGUCGUCUCUUGAACACAUUGAGCUGUUUGGUUUGUCUUCUGUGGCUAUGUCACGUUAGCUCCUGGCUAGCUACCGCUAAACGCCAGCUGACGUUAGCUCUGUGCUAGCUUAGCUUUGACUUGGAUUAGUUACAUUGUUUGACAGCUAAAUGAGACAACAUUAACCCAGCUCUCAUCCAGAGGGGACACGGCUCUGUUUCCUGAGUUUAUUUAUGCAUCGUGUCAUAUGACUCAACUGUAACUGAAUGUUUGGUGAUAGGAAUAGCAGCAGCUACAGCUAGCACAGUGUUAGCUCGCCAACACCAUCACAAUGGGCUGGAAACGGUGUUUAAAGACGACAAGGAGCUUUUAUUUGUUGUCCAUUCUGCUCAUAGUCUUCGUCAACGUGUUAACAGCUGAUGAAGAGCAAGUGGAGAAUGACGGACCAGAGCUAAAGUCUUACCAUGACCCAGAAUCUGAGGAAGAAGAUGUCCGUCUGGCGUCAGGAAUUGUGUCUGGUGCUUCUGUGACCUCUCGUCAUGAAGUCUCCCAGCCUGAAGAGGAGAAACAGUCACCUGUGGAUUUACUGCCGGGAGAGGAGAAGGAGGACCUGCCUGAGCAGCCUCCCCCAGUUGAAGAGAAACCUAAAGAGGUUCCAGUAGUGAAUGGAGGUACAGCUCAUGGAGAGCCCUGCAUCUUCCCAUUCCUCUUCCAGGGGAAGGAGUAUUCAGACUGCACCACUGAUGGACGGACGGAUGGACGGCUGUGGUGCGCCACAUUAUACGACUACGAUCAAGAGAAUAAAUGGGGUUUCUGCGAGACGGAGGAGCAGGCACAGCAGAGGCUCCAGGCAGAGGAGGCUGAGGAGCAGUAUCAGACUGUGCUGCGGAUGCUCAAUGCCACCACCAGGAGGACCCAGAAGAAAGAAUUAUACGAAAAGCUCCAGAAAGUAGCAGAGAAAGGCCACCAGAAAGCCAUGGAGAAGGUGGCGUAUGCCAUGCUGUUUGGAGACUACAUGAACCAGAAUGUCACCAAGGCCAAAGAAAUGUUUGAGAAGCUUGCCAUGGAGGGCUCGCCUAAAGCUCAGACGGCUCUUGGCUUUCUGUACGCAGCAGGGCUUGGAGUUAACUCAAGUCAGGCUAAGGCCCUGGUUUACUACACUUUCGGUGCCCUGGGUGGAAACUUGGUCGCUCAUAUGAUUCUGGGAUACAGAUACUGGGGAGGUGUGGGUGUUCCCCAGAGCUGUGAGUCAGCGCUAACACACUACAGGCUUGUAGCAAAUCAAGUGGCCAGUGACGUGUCCCUGACAGGGGGCUCAGCGGUGCAGAGGAUCAGGCUCCUGGAUGAGGUGGAGAACCCAGGAUCCACCAGUGGGAUGUUGGAGGAGGAUUUGAUUCAGUACUAUCAGUUUCUGGCUGAGAAAGGGGAUGUGCAGGCUCAGGUGGGAUUAGGUCAGCUACACCUGCAUGGAGGACGUGGAGUAGAACAGAAUCAUCAGAGGGCGUAUGACUACUUCACCCAGGCUGCUAAUGCAGGGAACACACACGCUAUGGCUUUCCUCGGCAAGAUGUACUCAGAAGGCAGCGAGUAUCUCCCUCAGAACAACGAGACGGCCCUGCAGUACUUUAAGAAGGCCUCGGACUUGGGUAAUCCAGUGGGACAGAGUGGCCUGGGCAUGGCCUACCUCUAUGGAAGAGGUGUCCCAGUGAACUAUGAGAUGGCACUGAAAUACUUCCAGAAGGCAGCAGAGCAGGGCUGGGUGGACGGACAGCUCCAGCUGGGCACCAUGUAUUACAAUGGCAUCGGUGUGAAGCGUGAUUACAAGCAGGCGCUUAAAUUCUUCAACCUGGCCUCACAGGCGGGCCACAUCCUGGCUUUCUACAACUUGGCCCAAAUGCACGCUACUGGUACCGGCGUGAUGCGCUCCUGCCACACCGCCGUAGAGCUUUUCAAGAACGUGUGUGAACGUGGUCGCUGGUCAGAGCGCCUCAUGACGGCCUACGGCAGCUUUAAGGAGGGUGAGACUGAUGCUGCACUGGUCCAGUAUCUGCUGCUGGCUGAGCAGGGCUACGAGGUGGCCCAGAGCAACGUGGCCUUCAUUCUCGACCAGAAAGGAGUAAAGAUCUUCAGUGAGAAUGAGACCUACCCUCGUGCUUUACUCCACUGGACGAGAGCUGCAGCACAAGGUUACACUGUGGCAAGGAUAAAACUAGGGGACUACCACUUCUACGGCUAUGGGACAGAUGUGGACUAUGAGACGGCUGUCAUUCACUACAGACUGGCAUCAGAGCAGCAGCACAGUGCCCAGGCCAUGUUUAACCUGGGUUACAUGCAUGAGAAAGGCCUGGGCAUCAAACAGGAUAUCCAUUUAGCCAAGCGUUUCUACGACAUGGCCGCUGAAGCCAGUCCUGAUGCCCAGGUCCCAGUUUUCCUGGCCCUGUGCAAGCUGGGCCUGAUUUACACUCUGCAGUACCUGCAGGAUCUUAAUUUAAAAGAGCUCAUUUCUCAGGUGGACCUGGACCAGCUUCUUGGCCCAGAGUGGGACCUCUACCUCAUGACUGUCAUCGCCCUGCUGCUGGGCACAGUCAUCGCCUACAGGCAGCGCCAGCACCAAAUCAUAGUCCCCCCUCGCCCGCCUAUCCCUGCCCCGGCCCCGCCUCCACGACCACCUCAAGAACAGUCACAGGCCCCGGCCCCGGCCCAGGGACAGGGACAGGGACAGGGAGAAGCUCAAGCCCAGGGCCCGGCCCAGGAGGAAGAGGAGCAGCAGCAGCAGCAGCAGUGAGCGGAAGCCAGACGGAUGGAGGGUAGUGAAAGACAGACAGGAGGCUCUGCCAGCCCGCCCCACGGAGCAGCCGGCGCUUACUAGCUGAACACCUGCGAGUCUGAGCACCUCUCCCACUCUACAAGCUAAAAGACAACUGUUGAACUGUGCAGUCUCACAACUCCCUUUCUCCAUUUAAAAUAUGCUGGUCCUGUGCUGAAGAAAGACAGUGGGGGUGUUAAUGGACACUGCUGCAGAACAGAGAGGAUAACAGACUUGGGACUUGCUAGUCUGUGACUCAGGAUACUGCCAGAAGCACCCGCGUCCUCAGUGGAAAUAGCCUCGGGGGUUGCCAGAUCAAAGGCUUGACUAAUCAACAUAGUCAACAUAGUUGGAAUCUAAUAUGUGCAUUAGUUUCUUCUCACUUUCCCUUUUUUGAGAAAAUCACACUCAAUGGAACUGCCAUAAUCCUGUUAGCGCAGUAUUUAGGAAAAUAAAAAAUCGGGGCAGAAAAACAGGAAUUCGGAUAAUUUUAUUUGCUAAAGAAAGUCAUGUUUAUGCAUGUUUUCUCUGAGCAUUUUGCAGACUUUAAUUUUAGGCACCUUUUUCUGAUGCUUGAGCGAACAAAUUUUGCAUUAAUUUUCCCAUUAAUUUGUUAUUUGUUCAGGGUUGUUUUUGUAAGUUUUCAUACCUGGAAAAACACAGGAAAAAUUCAUUCAGCGUUAGUAACAGUGCUAAAAUGUACUUGAGCCAUUAGGAUGAGAACAAGAAACCUGUUAAGCAGGUAAUUGACAGAAAAUCUGUAAUGGAUAAAUAAUUUAAUUUUGAGCACGCAGGUUGAACUUUGAUGUUUUUACCGUGACAGACAAAGAAUAAGAAGCUGCUGAAGUCACUUUGCUGCAGACUUUUGUUUGUUUUGUUGAUUCAUACAGACAUGUCCUUCACUCUACAGGCAUAGUUCAAGCAGAGUGUGCAGGCUUUUAAAACUAAAGAGCUAAACUAAAGAAACACUGAUGUAUGAUGUAGCCUACACAGUCCAGCAUAAGCCAGUGGAGAACAGCUUUUUUAGAUGUCCUGUACAUUUUUCCAUCAUCAGGCUUUGGUUUAAUUCCAGUGGUUCGUCACUCAAUAGUUCCUCUCAUCCCACAUGGGCCUUCUUUUUAGUUUAUUAAGCCUUGACUUAGCUGAGGCAGAAAUUGGAGCAGCCUUAAAGAUAGCAGCGCCUCAAACUCUAGAUUGUUUCUACAUUAGAGUAAGUGGAUGAGUUUUUGUGUGUGUGUGUGUGUGUGUGAUUGGUUACACAACUGCAGCUCUUGUGAGAAUUUCCACCCCCUCACCAACAGUCCAACUUGGAGCUCUGCCUACACUUUGCAGCUCAGAUGGAGCUAAAUCUGAGAAAUGAAGCCAUGGUUAGGCCGUACAGUAUUUAUUGAAACAAAAUUAGAAGCAUUCUGAUUUUGCCAUGUUCUGAUUUUUUCUUUCUUUCUCAAGUCCAUUUGUUCAGUUCCACAUUAUGUACUUGUUGUUAGAAUUACUGAGAAUUGUCUGCCAAUACGUCUGCAUGAAGUGUAUGAGGUCAAAAAGGACGAGAAGAAAUGAUUCCAAACUGUUUCAGUACCCACACAACUCACAAUUUGUCUAAAAUCAAACACUGGUCAACAUUGUCGAGAAGACUGCAUUUUUACCAUCCCAGAUAAAAGUUUAUAAAGAAAUUAAUAAAUGAUAAGUGGAUAUUUAA